AAUGAUUGUUUUCUUUGUAAGGUGCUAAGACAGUACUCCCUUCCACUUCCAGAAGGUCAACGUGAAUGGCUCAAGAUUUUGGCAUCAAUUUUCUGCUUAGGAUGAUCUGGAAACUUGCUUUAUCGUUGUUUCUCAUGUCCACUCUGGUUCAAGUGAUAGAACCCAGGAAAAAUCGUCCUGCGGGAGCCAUUCCUUCCCCUUACAAAGGCAGCAGAAGUAACAACUCUGAGCGGAGGCAACAUCUGAACAAAGAAGUGCUGGCCUCCAGCCAGGAGGCCUUGGUGGUUACAGAGAGGAAAUAUCUGAAAAGUGACUGGUGCAAAACCCAACCCUUACGGCAGACUGUCAGUGAGGAGGGGUGCAUUAGCCGCACAAUUAUCAACCGCUUCUGCUAUGGCCAGUGCAACUCCUUCUAUAUCCCCCGGCAUGUAAAAAAGGAGGAGGAAUCUUUCCAAUCAUGUGCUUUUUGCAAGCCUCAGAAGGUCACCUCCUUCACAGUGGAGCUAGAGUGCCCUGAACUGGACCCACCUUUUCGACUUAAGAAGAUCCAGAAAGUCAAGCAAUGCCGAUGUAUGUCUGUGAACCUGAGCAGUUCAGGCAAACAACAAAAGUGAGGGCUGGUAGCUGACUCUUCCUAAACCCUUUCUUCAGAUAUGAAACUGGCUGGCUGUUUUUCCUUGACUCAUUUUUGGAGCAUUUCUAGAGCAGUGUUCUUUGCUUUGUUUGCCUACUGGAAAUAAAGGCUGCUAUGAGCUGAUCAAAUAAGAAUACCAUCCUUAUUAUUACCAAAACAGCUAUUUCACCACUGGGCUUGCCACUAAGUGAGGAGCCAUUGUCUGAUGUGAGAGUGAACAUUUUGGUGGCCAGUGAUAUAAAUCCAAUAAUUAACUCUUCCUUCCACUGUGUGGAAAUCCUUUUGGCUUUCACUUCACGCUUUUGGAUGAAUAAUGGCUGAAUGAAGUAUUCAUCAUUUUCCUAUUUCAGUCUCGGUUAACAUUUUGCUUCAUUUCUGAUGCUUAAUCCUGUCUUCCUUGGGAUGGAUACAGUUAGGAACAGCAAAGGGAAGCAGUGAUCUGUCUGGCCUGAUAGAUAAGACUUGUGUGCCUUUUAAGCAGCCUUAUCUUCCAUGGAUAUAUCAGCUUGCACUUUCCGAUGAAGAGACUGAAGUGGAUUUAUACCCAUUUUCAGCCAUUGUCUCAAGUACAGAAUUCUACAGCAAUGCCUCACUUGUCAUGUUACAGCAAAUUGUUAAAGUUUUUAUGAUAGACAUAAGCAUGUAUAAUUUGUGAGAUGACUAAGUAUUUGAAGGGUUGAGAUAAGUCUUAAACAUGGGACCAGAUUAUCCUUUACAGCAGAGAGGGUUUUGCUAGUGUUAAAUUUCCGUUGAUUUAAACCUUCCUUCCCAAGAGUCAUUCUUGUGCAUUUAUCCUCAUCUAUGUUGAAUGACUACAUUUGUGAAGGAAAACAAUAUUGUGUUUGACUUAUUAAAACACUGUAGCACGAAGCAAGCAAAAUAAUGUCUUUUAUCUUUAAAUUAACUCCUGUUUCCUGUAUACAAAAUUGCAUCUAUGUAGGAUAAAAUUUAAUGUAUGAAGGGACUUGAUAAACUCAAUUAAUACAAGGCUGCAUGUUUGGUUUUUGCAUGUUCCAAAAGUUACCAUUUAGAUUCCUUUGAAAAUUUCUGGGUAACACUGAUGGUGACCCAUUGCAUGGCUUGGAGUUUUGCAUUUGUGAUAGGUAUAGCCAAAGUAAUCAAAUGUUCAAAGAUGUUUUUUGCUACAAGUUUCCUCUGACAUGAUCAGAAAGGGUUAAACAAAUAUUUUCUUAAAGCUGCAAGUUGAUGCCACCUCAAGGGCUCAGUGGCACAGUUCUCUAUUAUGCCAGACAGGUUCUUUUGAGAGGCUCUGAGUGACUGAUCUCCAUUAGGCUUGCCAAUCGGUUUAUGGGGAUUGGCACAGGGAGUGGGGAUUGCGUACGUAUGGGGGCCUUAGAGUUCGGUCCCUCAACGUUACCCAAGAACAAUAUCAUGUUUAGAAAAGUACAGUAAAGAAGGCUGAGGCUUGCUUUGGUGGUUUUAACGACCAUAACUUAUGAUUUCUAUCAGAGCUAAUAUUUAGGGAACUAGUUAGGACAGCUGUAUUUUUAUGUACAGGCUUGUUGCCCAGGACUGCUGCUUCUUGGAGAAAGAGAACAUAACAUUUGGUUCCUAUUAUUAGGGCUUGGUUAAAAAGAAACUGUUCAAGCAAUAAUGUAGGAUGACUAUUCAGAGACAGCUCUAUAUUAGCCUGUCACAAACAAACCAGAUUUGCUACAAUAGUGGAAUACCGUUUGGUUUGGUUUAUAAGAGUUGAGUUGACGUUGUAAUAGUUCAUACUAUUUAAGUUUUGUUUUAUAAAUGAAAAUGAAGUGGAAUAAAUGUUAUAAAUAUAACAUAAUUAUUUUUAGGUGUAUUAUUGUUAAAUUAUAGAAUAAAGAUACUCUAGAGAUAUAUGGAAUUCAUGUAUAUUUGUUUCAUGUAUAUAUUCGUAGAGCUUAAGUUUAACCUUUGUUAGGAAACUUCCACUUAAUUUAAAUAUAAAAUAAUUAAAAUAUCAUAGAGCCACUAUGGAAUAUUUCAUAUAAAAGCAACAUAUGCAUAGCUGAAGAUAACCAGUAAAAGCCAGCACUCUGGUAUGUAUGGAAAAUGUGAAUGUAAUACACACACAUUAGUUUCCAAUUUUCUAUUAUAUCAGUGACAGAGAACUUUUGACCCUCCAGCUUUAUUGCAUGUCAACUUCCAUCAACCCCAAGGAUAUGACCGUAGUUGAACAGUAUGUCAAGAAUUAAAGGUUCCUUGCCAAUGCAACUUAUGUAUAUGUAUAAUAUAUAUAACCUCAAUUCUUCCAAUA